AUGUUGCACGUUUACAAAUCGAUCCGCCGAGGAGCUCGUCACCUCAACACGGCAGGUCCUCGGUUGGCCGCGCAAAAUGCCAUACCAGCGACAUAUUACCGAGGAGGUACCUCAAGGGCUGUCAUUUUCCGCAAAGAGGACCUUCCUUCGGACCAGUCGCAAUGGCCAAACAUAUUCCGGGCCGUCAUAGGCUCACCCGACCCCAACGGUCGUCAGCUGGACGGGAUGGGAGGGGGGCUUUCAUCUUUGUCCAAGGUGUGCGUCGUCGGGCCCUCGACUGAGAGCGACGCAGACGUUGAUUACACAUUCGUGGCUAUCGGCGUCAAAAAUGACGAAGUCGAUUUUAGCAGCAAUUGUGGCAAUAUGACCAGCGCCAUCGGUCCCUUUGCCGUAGAUGCUGGACUCGUCCCCAGACCUAAGGAUGGCGAGACAAGCGUCCUGAUCAGGAACACAAACACAAACAAACGCAUACGAGCAACCUUCGUGGCUCAAGAUGGAGAGGCCGUCACGAGUGGUCCCUUUGCUAUUGACGGCGUAGCGGGUACCGGAUCGAAAAUCAAACUCGCGUUCCAGCGUCCUUCUGGAUCGAAGACAGGCAAGACCCUCCCCACAGACAAGGUUGUAGACAGCUUCGACGGCGUCCGGGCGACAUGCAUAGACGUGGGGAACCCCUGCGUGUUCGUUCUGGCCUCAGAGCUCGGGGUUGAUGGCUGCAUCCUCGCGGACGACAUCACGGCGCACCCGACGCUGCUCAACCGGCUGGACUCGAUCCGACGCCAGGCCGCAGUGGCCAUGGGUCUCGCAAAGGAUACUGAGACUGUCCCCGGCUCUAUUCCCAAGAUCGCCAUGGUCACCACGCCCCGAGAACAUAGGCUUCUGAGCGGCGAUACGCUCGACGAGAAAUCCUGCGACGUCGUCGUCCGCGCCAUCAGUGUCGGCCAGCCGCACCAAGCCGUCCCCAUCACCGUCGCAAUGGCGCUCGCCGCCGCGGCCCGCUUGCCUGGGUCCACGGUCAACGAGUGCGUUGCAUCCACACCGGUGGAUGCGGAUGGGGUGACUUUGGGACACAACAGCGGCAAGAUUCUCGUAGGUUCGACAUUCGACGAGAAAGGCGUUGUUGAGGAGGCUAUUGUGUUUCGCACGGCAAGACGGCUCAUGGAGGGUAAAGUGUAUCACAAAUAG